AUGGCUCCCCAAAAACAACUCGAGCGCCUCAAACACGUCGCCGCAAAGGCGAACUCUUCCAACCCGUCGCAACUAGGCGACCCCGUCUCGCUCAAAGCCGAAGUCUCGAAGCUCUCGCCGACGGAAGGGGACCUCGGCGCGGCAGCGGAUUCGAAACCUCCCUUUUCCUCUUCCAAUAAGCAGUCCAAGGGCAGCGGUGGUCCCGCAGGUGCCAAGAACUCGGACGGGUCACCCGUGCAGGACUAUGACAAGAGACGGUUAAAGGACGUUGCCAAAGAGGACCUCGAGAGCGGGAACCCGUCGCAGCUGGGAGAUCCUGUUAGUCUCAAGGCUGAGGUUACGAAGAAGGAUCCGGCGCCGGGGAGGGCUGAUGGGCAGAGGGUUGAAAAGUCUAAGCUGUGA